AUGAAAGAAGAUUAUCAAUUUCCUGCUAUUGGUACAAUUCCAACAUCUGAUACAAAUUAUAAAUCUCUUACCACCUUAACUAGCAAUAAACCUCCUUCCUCCUCAAGAAGCCAAGUCCGAAUAAAGAAAUACAUGAAACUGUACGGUAAAUCAUUAACUUUGAAACCUACUACUUCUCACAUAAGCCCUCCGUGAGCGAACCAAACCAUGGAAAAUACCUAUUUUUUGGGUAAAAAACCCAUCCUUCGUUCUCGUAACUCCCCCCCCCCUCCGUGAGCGAACAAAAAAAUUUUGUUCGCUCACGGAGGGGGGUUAAUUUUUUUUUUUAAAAAAAAUUUAUAUAUAAAUUUUAUAAAAAAUAUUUUUUUCGAAAUUUAAAAAAAAAUCCUAAUUUGCAAAAAUUGGGAAGCAAAUAUUAAUUUAAUUUGCAAAAUUUAUGUUUUAAAACGCAAUUUGUUUAAAAUUAAACAGAAUUAGCUCUAGAUUUCAUUAUACUAAUUAUCACUUAUAUAUCAAAAUUUUUUUCCAUUAAAAUUUUUUCUAUUAAAAAAAUUUUUUGUUCACUCACGGAGGGUGGGUUUUUGGUCAAAAAAUGGCGACUUUUCUAAUGGUUUUGUUCGCUCACGGAGGGGGGGGGGGGAGUAAGUAAUUUUAUAAAAAAAUAUCUUUAUAAAUAAGUGAUAAUUACUAUAAUGAAAUCUCUAGCUAAUCCUUUUAGAAAUUGAUAAACUUAAAUUUUACAAAUUAAAUAAAUUUAUGCUUUCCAAUUUUACGAAUUGGUAUUUUUUUAAUUUUUCAAAAGAUAAAUUUUAAGCAAAAUUUUUUUGUUUGCUCUCAAGGUGAGGAGCCAGGGAAAAUCAACUGGACGAUUUUGCAGCAAUCUUAGCAAUCAGAUAGAAACAGAGCCAAAACCUACUUCAUUAUCUCAUAACAUAGGUUUUGCAAAGCCAAUAAGUCAUCCUUUUACUCGCUAUUCUCAACUGGUAAGCGAAAAAGAGAAAACGGUGAAUAUAGAAAGGCUUAAGAAGAAAAUUGAUAAAUUACUUUACGCAAUACAAAAAGCUUCGAGCGAUAAAAUAGAACUUACGAGAGAUUUAGCAUCUUAUGAAUCUGAAUUCUCAAAAGAAAAGCAAUUAUCUGUUGAAUUAGCAAGAUUAAGGGUUUCAGCAAUGGAUUUACCUGAUAUCACAUACUUGACUAAUGGAAAUUUAAAUGAAAAUAAGACAGUGGAAAAAAUAAAUAAUGGUUUAUUGUUGCUUGGAAGCCCAGAUUUAAAUUAUUCAAAUGCUACUGCUAAAAAUGAUUCAGAAAUUGACUGAGAAAAAUAUUCCACAAGAAAAGUUUUGAAAAUAAAUAAGCUAGACACAGUUUUCCAAGGAGUCGUACAAAUUUCUUCAGUGAAUUGUAUUAUAAGUAUAAGAAGUGAUCAAUGGCUUGAAACACAAAUAAAAUGGCGAUACCUGUCCUCUCCCGGAUCUGUUUCGAGUUUGGGGACAUUGCUGCUGCCUGAAGUCAAACCGAGCAGGAAACGGAGUCUAUGGGCACUGGGCAUUUAUUUUCCGGCUGGGUUUUUCCUCCCUCGUCCGUCCGGCAAUGAAGAUUUUGUGUCUUCCCGAUGGACAUUUGGAAAAAAAAGCUUUUACCCCUAGAGACCACUAGUGCCGACGACAAAGGCAUAGUUGGUACUGAUAUUAGCUAGGGAGUUUAUCCUUAGCUGGAACUCUAGUCACUCAAGCAGCACAUCAAGUCACUCCAAGGUUCCGAGACAGCAUUAAGAGCAAGGCCGAAAGCCAGGUGAGAGCUAUGGUGGAAAUGCUGAUUUGUCUAGGGAGGUUCGCUAGCAGCUGAACGAGUCUUCCACGAAGACUCGUCUCGGAUGAGACGUAAAAAUCAUCUUCAAUUAAUGUUAAUAUUAAUAAUCAAUGGCUUGAAGUCUUAGAUUUGACUGUACAAGCAUUUGAAGGUGAGCAGUUCCAUUUAAAUUUGAAGCUAUCAAUUUCAAAUACUUACCAAGAGCCUGAUCAAGUGAGGAGCACGGUUAGAAACAACAUAGCUCCGUAUCUAUUUUUUAUGAAGGAACAAAAUUGCUUGAAUUUGUUUUAUGAUAGUCGGCAUUCUGUUUCAUUUUUUAGCAUUAUUACAAAAAUUAGGGGAUAUGGCCUGUGCUCAAUUCAACUAACUGAAAUUGAAGAAGACCAUGUCCACAUCCAAGUAGAUUUCCAUGAAGAAGCCUUAGAAGUUUUAAAAGAAGAAAUCACAUAUGAGUCCAGUAUCUUUUAUGAGUCAAUAUCUAAGUUAACCAGGAUAAUAGAGCAGCAUCUAUGCUAUAUCAAAAAAAGCAAAUCUCUUUACUGGCAGCAGGAUUAUUACCCAGGAUUCAUUUUUUCGAUGAAAGAGGACUCUUCAAAGUUUAUGGAUGAUGAAUAUUUGGCGGAGGUCAUGGAAAUGGUAAGCUUUGUGAAGCUUUACUCGUUUUUUGUGGUAAUAAAGAAAGUGAGAUUUGAUAUAGAAGUGAUGGGAUGAAAAAAUUAUUUUAUGAUUAAAAUCAAGAAUGAAGGAGACUUCAUAGAAAUUUCUAGUGACUCGAAAAAUUACAGAUACUUGAGAGAUUUGCAGUCUUUUUAUUUAGAAAAAGGGCUAAACACACUUAAAACUUCGCUAGAAUUUGAAGCUUUGGUUCGAAGAGUUUUCCCAAGAGCUUUUAAGGCCAUAUAG